CCAGGCCCCGGGAGAAAAUGGCUGUGGCGCAUCACGGGUCAAAGACCGGCGGAAUGUGGGAGCCACCGGGGAGCCGGCAAAGGGAAAGCGAAACCCGCGGGCUGGGCUGGUGACGGGCGAAGGCGCCGCACCGCCCUCCCCACGCCGGCAGUCCGCAGGCCUGCCUCGCGAACCUGCCCGGCCCAGCCCGGCGCGCCGCAGCCAUGGCCAUUGCGCACCUUGCCACCGAGUAUGUCUUCUCGGACUUCCUGCUGAAGGAGCCCUCGGAACCCAAGUUUAAGGGGCUGCGGCUGGAGCUAGCCGUGGACAAGAUGGUCACGUGCAUCGCUGUGGGGCUGCCUCUCCUGCUCAUCUCGCUGGCUUUCGCGCAAGAAAUCUCCAUUGGUACCCAGAUAAGCUGCUUCUCCCCCAGUUCUUUCUCAUGGCGUCAAGCUUCCUUUGUGGACUCUUACUGCUGGGCGGCCGUCCAGCAGAAGGACUCCUUGCAGGGAGAUUCCGGAAAUCUUCCAUUGUGUCUGCAUAAGUUUUUCCCCUACAUCCUGCUGCUGGUGGCCAUCCUGCUGUACCUGCCCUCCUUGUUCUGGCGUUUCGCAGCUGCUCCUCAUGUUUGCUCAGAUUUGAAGUUUAUCAUGGAAGAACUCGACAAAGUUUACAACCGCGCAAUUAAAGCUGCAAAGAGCAUGCAUGACCUUGACUUGAGAGACGGUGCCUGCCCAGCGCCAGAAGUUAAUGAGAACAUGGGGCAAAGUUCACAGGAAAGCCACUUCAGGUACCCAAUUGUGGAACGGUACUUAAGGACAAAGAAAGCCUCCAGACAUUUAAUCGUCAAGUACAUGAGCUGCCGGGUGUUGUCACUCAGCACGAUACUGUUAGCCAGCAUCUACCUGGGCUAUUACCUGAGCCUCUCCUCCCUCUCGGAUGAGUUUGUCUGCAGCAUCAAAUCUGGCAUCCUGAAAAAUGACAGCACCGUCCCUGAUAAGUUCCAGUGCAAGCUCAUUGCUGUUGGUAUCUUCCGGCUGCUCAGUUUCAUCAACCUCGUAGUAUAUGUUAUGCUGGUUCCGGUCGUGGUCUACUCCCUGUUUGUUCCUUUCCAGCAGAAGACGGAUGUUCUCAAAGUGUAUGAAAUCCUGCCCACGUUCGACGUUCUGCAUUUGAAGUUGAAAGGGUACAAUGACUUGAGCCUCUAUGUUCUUUUCUUGGAGGAGAAUAUCAGUGAACUCAAGUCGUACAAAUGUCUUAAGGUCCUGGAGAAUAUUAAAAGCAGUUGUCAGGAUGUCGACCCCAUGGUGCUCCUGACCAACCUCGGCAUGAUCAAGAUGGACAUGGUUGAUGGCAAAAAUCCCGAGCCUGUGGAGAUGACGGCAGAGGAGCUGGGGGACCAGACAACAGAGCUGCAAGAUUUGAAUGUACACAGUGAAACAAAAAUAAGUAAUAGAGAGAAGAAUGCCCGCCAGAGACUUCUGGACACUUCUUGCUGAUGAUUUUUGUCCUGUGAACUUCAGAUCGGUGACUCUGACCUGGGAUUCGUUUUGGCUGCAGCACCUCUGGCAGGCACCUCUGGCAGGCACCUCUGGCAGUAAAUGGUUCUCAGCAGAGGUACUGAGCAUGUCUUACUGAGGCCCUGGUGGAAACAAUGGUCAACAAACAUUGUGGAGGGUGGUUCAUGAACUUUGAGACAAUGCGGAAACAAGUAAGCGUUGGCAAAUGUCAACGCGAGCAUCCUCAUCAGAUGGAAAGUGGUAAGGUUAAUCCCAGGAAGAGGAGUAGCGCUUUAGUGCCACAAACAAAACGCCUUUCUGUGCACAUGGUGCAAAGAGCCUCCGAACUACAGAGAGCAAGGACUGGGGGAGCUUUUUGUUUUAUGGGAUGAUAAUAACGGUAUAAUUUAAUAGGAAUCUUGUCUAUGUCCCAGUGACUGUUGGAGGAGAAAACAUUCACUGACUGACUCUGGACCCAUGGGGCCUCUUCCUGGAGGUGCCCUACGCUGGGAGAAUCGCUGGUGCUUCCGUUCUCAUAACCAGGCUCUGGGCCCUACCACCUGUCACCCUUGGCCGACUGAGACCCUCUAACCACCAUGUGAUGCCCUGCACUGCAAAGGGCAGUGGACCCAAGUGCUGCUCUGGCUGAGAACUUUGUUAAUAAGGUAGAGUUGAAAGGAUGUUUAAUUGUUGACUUCCAUGCAGCAAGGAGUGCUUCUAAAUGAACCCAGUGGGGAAAAUGAACAUACAGAACAAGUUAAAGUGACUACUUUAGAAGAGGUUGUCUUCAGGGCAUUCCUCUGUUAUCAAAAGCAUUUGAGACAGGAUGUUACUGAGGCAAAUUCACAGAACACAGAAGGCUUAAAGUGAGGGACAUUUUUUGCCUAUUAGGAUCAGAAUGUAUGAAUGACAUUUGCCAUGUGCACAUUGACAUGUGCUCAGAGCCAGAACAAUUUCAUAGUUUAUAUUUAAAAACAUCUUUGAAAAAUUCAUCUAAUUUUAGAAUUGUAUGAUAUCAGAAUUGAGGCCAUUUGGGAAGAACAUUCUAGCAUUAAUGCGGAAUUAUAGAAUAAAUGUUACAAAUAGGUAUAUUGUGUAUCAACCAAGCGUUAUUUCGUAAACAUUCAAGGCUGACUGGGAAUAUCAAAAACCUUUUCCCAAUUCCAGUCAUGUAAAUAGAUCCUAACUAUGUUUACAUUUUAUACAAAAUUCUUAAGGACAUCUGUGGACCUUCCUGUUUUUAUUCUUGGAAAGUUAAACCUAGUAUAUUGCUACUGAAUAAUCCUCAGGAACCUCAAGGUUUAUGUGUGGCUCUUAGGGACAGUUGUUUACCUGAUCUAAUUACAUAAGCUGCUCUCUGCCUUUCAGAAUAUUCGCAGAAGUGGAUUUUAUUUGUGCCUCUGUGAUGGUUUCUGAGAUGGAAAGCUAAUAAUAAAUAUCCAGGAUGCAAUCAGUGUUUUAAAUUAUUCUUACUGCAUAAUAUUUAUUACCCUUGAAUGUGUGACUUAGAAAUGUCAGUAAUCUAACUCAUCUAUUUUGCUACUUUUUAUAUCACUGUAUCAGAUGUUUUAUUGUAGUGCCCUCCACCUGUUUCUUUGUGUAAUUUGAAAAUUUUCUGAAAUACAGUUUUCUAUGACUUGAUUUUUUCCCCCCAAAGCCUCAGAUUCUCUUUAGACUCCCCCUAAUUUAUAGUUUGAAGUGGAUACAUUAUUAUAGGAUAUCAGGAACUCUCUCAGCCCUGUCACAUGUAUUUCUUUAAUUAGAGCCCUUAAUGUCUGUGGACCUCCCCCC